AUGGCUGAAAAACGAAAGAGUAAAAAGCUGAUCAAUGACCCUGAAAAUUGUGUUGAUGAAAACUUGGAAGGUUUUACUCUGGUGAAUACUGGUAUCAAGAAGGUCAAAGGUCACAGGAUACUGGUACGAGAGGACUAUGAGGACCUGGGGAAGCAGGGGAAGGUCUGUGUUUUGAGUGGUGGUGGAUCUGGCCAUGAACCCAAUGAAGCAGGAUUUGUUGGACGAGGUAUGCUAACCUGUUGUGUAAUGGGAUCAAUAUUUGCUGCUCCACCAUCACAAGAACUGUUAUUAGCAAUUAGACUGGUCACUAGACAUAAUCCAGCUGGUUGUUUAAUUCUAAUCGCUAACUAUACUGGAGAUAGAUUGAAUUUUGGAGUAGCUGUAGAGAAAGCUAAACAAGAAGGUAUUAGAGUAGCUUGUGUAACGGUGGGUGAAGACUGUGCGAUGGUACCCAGUAGCAAAUCAGCUGGUAGACGUGGGCUGACUGGAUUCGUAUUAGCUUAUAAAUUAGCAGGUGCUUUGUCUGAAGAAGGGAAGAGUUUAGAUGAAAUAGUAGACACAUUGAAUAGAAUCAUCAAAAACAUGGGAUCACUUGGAGUGUGUUUAACUCCCUGUACAGUACCAGGAACGGGUGCUACAUUCUAUAUCGGCGAGGAUGAAAUGGAACUGGGUCUUGGGGUACAUGGAGAACCAGGGGUCAAAAGCCUCAAGAUGACCACUGCCAAAGAAACGAUCCAAAUUAUGGUUGAUCACAUGACAUCGCUAGAAAAUAAAAACAGACUGUCCUUGAACAAAGGUAUAUGUAUAGCAGGUCCGUAG